AUGUCCUCAAAAGUGAUAGGUUUUACCGUUUUUGAAGAGAAUAACGACGAGAAAGUACGUUCGGAGUUCGCGUGUCAGACAGAGGAAGUUCGUGCGUUUAACAUUCAUAUUUUUUGAGAAUCUAUCGAUUAGAUUCAGAUUGCUCUUGGAGAAGAAGAGGCGCAAACGGUCGAAGGAGCUGUGCCCAACAAUGAGAACUCGACGAGUGAAGAUAACACGGAGAUUUCUUACUGGGAAACGGUCGUCGCAAAUCAAAAGAAGGAAAUCAAACGGAUUGAGAUGAUCAAUGAGAAAGUAAGCGAAAAGUGCAGUUUUCGGGAUUGGAAAACGUUUUUAUUCUAGAUGGAGGAAGAGAAAUUGAAAAAGACGAAGCAGUUGGAAGAGAAAAAAGCCGAAUACGCGCGACUCUUUGAUCUGGCCAACGAGAAACUGAGCAAAGCAAGGGAAGAUGAAGAUGAUGAAAUUGAUGAAGAAGACGUGGACGAAGAGGAUGAAACGGCCGACACCAUCUAG